AUGCGCCCUGCCGCCGCUCGCCCUGCUCUUAAGCGAGUACCUGUGCGGCUGCGCCCGAGUACCGCUCGAUCCGCCGAAGUUCUCGCGAGCCGGCCCCGGGCUCCCUCCGUGCGUGAGCGUGCGCGGACGGCCCUCGUCGUCCCCCUCCCCGCCCCCCUCCCUCCACGCAGGGAAUAACGGACUUGAGCUCAGGUGGACUCCUCACCUGCGUGCCACUUGGCCGAGGGCGAAGCUCAGGUGUGCGCGGGCGAGGAGGAAAACAAAAAAAAAGAAGAAGAAGAAAGGAAGGAAGGAAGGAAGGAAGGAAGGAAGGAAGGACGCAGAGUCAACAUGCCUCGAGCCUUCCUGGUCAAGAAGGCCAACGUGUCGCCGGGCAAGCGGAACUGGAGCGAGCUGCCGGACCACGAGCGAGGGGACGUCUACAUCCCAGUCUCCAUCUUCCCGCCGUCCGUCUCAAUAAUCGAGGACGAAGCGAGUCCAGCUGAGGUGGCGCCGCUCUGCCUGGCCACGCGGUCGCUGCCCGAGCGCCACGCGCGCGCCGAGCUGCCGUCCUGCACCACGCUGGGCCGGGCGCAGAGUCCGCCGGCGCUCCCGGACGAGAGGUCGGAGGUCGGGAGGAGGUCGCAGGGCGGCUUGGUGUUUGUCCGCUCCAAAAUAAAGGUGACCACGGGCGAAUUGCUGUCCGACCCCGACACCGACCCAGACCCUCAUGAUGCUCCCCUGACGCCGCCGCCGCACGUCGGCGUGACGACAGCCCCCGCACCCGGCAGAUUCGCCGCCUCGGCGGUCCGAUCGGCGGGUCAGGGUCCCGCCGGCGGCACGGCGCCGCCGUACGCUUGUCAGAUUUGCCACAAAACCUUCCAGUACCAGCGCAUGUUGAACCGACACACCAAGUGUCACAACGAGACCAAGCGCCACCUCUGCACCUUCUGCGGCAAAGGAUUCAACGACACCUUCGACCUCAAGAGGCACGUGCGCACGCACACGGGAGUGCGUCCGUACAAGUGCGAGCUGUGCGACAAGGCCUUCACGCAGCGCUGCUCGCUGGAGUCGCACAUGAAGAAGAUCCACAGCGUGACGCUGCAGUACGCCUACAAGGAGCGCCGCAACAAGCUGUACGUGUGCGAGGAGUGCGGCCACACGGCGGCCACCCAGGACGAGCUGCUGCUGCACCUCCACUCGCUGCAUCCCGACAGCGUCCUCUUGAAGGGCAAGGGGCCGCGGCGAGGGGGCGGGGAGGGCGAGUCCGCGCCGGGCUCCCCGCAAGGAGCCGAUAGCGACGACACCACGGGGUCGGCGGGCCACUGAUGGCGGGACCGCGAGCCAAAAGGACUCGCUCGUAAUACGCGCGCGUGCGGGAGGACGGCACGCACAACAAGCAGUUUGACUUCUACGUGGGAAUCGGACUCAUCGCCUAUAAACGUUCUUUUCCUCUUUUUUAUUCCAUGUGAAUAUGACCUGUGGGUUCUUAAUGUAAAGCAACAUAAUAUGCAUUUUCUAUACAAAAAAAAACAACAACAACUUUAUUCAUUAAAAGGGACAACUGUAUGAAAUCACAA